AUGAUUGAGAAUGAGAUGUAUAAUGUAUCGUCUGACAGAACGUGCACUCUCCCGCUCGAAUUCAAAAAACUAAAGGAGAGAAAACCUGCUACUGGAGUGAAAAUAAAGCUGUACGAUGUGGAACCAUUAAAAGACAGAAAGCUGGCUCAAACCAAAACCGACAAAGAUGGAUCGUUUACGAUUUCAGGCACUGCUAAGGAGUUCUCCAAAAUUGACCCACAGCUCAAUAUCUAUCACAAAUGCAACUAUAAAGGGCCUUGCUACAAGAAGCUCAGCAUAAAGAUCCCAUCGAAGUACAUAAGCAAAGGAGAAAAAGUGAAGCAGUACUUAAACAUUCACACAAUGGAACUUGGCUUGAAGAUCAAAGGACAAAAGACUGACUGCAUGAAUUGA